CGUUCUUGGUGUGGCUGGCAUUUCCUCCUGCAUGUUUUUCGUUUUCAUCUCGUCUUCGUCAUCAGUUUCCGUCUCUGAGUGGAAAAUUUGCUAAGAACAGCGACAGGGCGACCGCUAACCGCCUGUAUCCAAGAUGCGUCCCGUCAGAGUGAAUCAAACUCCUUCACGAAAGAGGACUACACCUUUGAUGAAGGCUCUGGGUGCAUCUGCAAAGGUACCAGUAUCUGCAAAGAAGCUGAAUUAUGUCAAAGUGGAAGGAGCCAAAGAUCCGGUGGAAGUCUAUUGUCGUAUCAGGCCCCUUGCAAAUGAAAAUCACUCAUCCUGUGUGGUUCAGGUGGAUGAUACCACCAUCCAGCUCCUUCAUCCUGAUGUCCAUAACAAUAAGGCAAUUCAGUGUUCAUUCAGGCAUAUUUUCAAUGAGAAUACUGCUCAGAAGGAGGUGUUUGAUCGUGUUGGUCUUCCUCUUGUGGAUGACUUAUUAAAUGGGAAAAAUGGACUGUUGUUCAUGUAUGGUGUCACUGGGUCUGGGAAGACCUAUACAAUGACAGGGACUGCAGAAGAAACAGGAGUUCUCCCACGUUGUCUUGAUGUGAUAUUCAACAGUAUUGACCAACGUCAAGUUCCAAAAUACACAUUCAAGCCAGAUGGUAGCAAUUGCUUCUUUAUCCAGCCAGAAGAUCAGGCUCAGAUGGAGGCCAUGGCUGAGGCACAUCCUCGAUCCAGUCGCAGGAAGAGACAGGGGAUGGAGGAUCGUAUUCCUGACUGCAGUGCCCUUGAGCUCCAAGAUGGCUCUAUGUUUGCAGUGUUUGUACAGUACGUGGAGAUCUAUAACAAUAUCAUCUUUGAUUUGCUCGAUGACACCCCUAUUGACCCCAUCAAAAAAACCUUUCAGCAGAGACACCUGCGUGAAGAUGCCUAUCGAAAUAUAUUUGUGGUUGGCGCCCGAGAAAUGGAGGUGAAGAGUGUAGCAGAAGCUUUGGAUGUACUGGAGAAGGGUCAGCGACGACGACGAGUGGCCCAGACAUCCCUGAAUGCAGAGAGUUCCCGCUCUCACUCCAUCUUCACUAUUCGUGUGGUCCAAAUCCCUGUAUCUGUUGACAUCCCCGAAGAUAUGAUUAACAGUGAGGACCUCCUGACCAUUUCACAAUUUUCUCUUGUUGACCUUGCUGGAUCUGAGCGCCACAAACGGACUGGCAACAGAGGAAAUCUCCUGAAAGAAGCUUCUAACAUCAAUAAUUCCCUAUUGACACUUCGGACCUGCCUGGAGGUGAUGCGAGAGAACCAGCAGAUGGGGUCAAGUCGUGUCAUCCCAUAUCGUGACUCAAAAGUCACUCACAUGUUCAAGACUUAUUUUGAGGGUGGUGGGCGUGUUCGCAUGCUAGUAUGCAUCAGUCCUGAGGCCCCCAACUACGAUGAAAAUAUUCAAGUGCUUCGCUUUGCUGAAAUGACCCAGGAGAUUCAAGUUGUGAGGGCUACUGAAAUAAAGGUCACUGUUCAGAACCCUGCCAAAGUUCCUGAUGUGGAGGAGUACCAAAGGAUAGAGCAAACCAUGGUGAUCCCUAGCUAUGACUUCACCAAACUCGUCCAUCCAGUUGAAUUACAAGAUGAUGAGGAUGAGGAAUUUUACCCUGUGCUUAUGGAUGACCUGGAAAUGCGCAAGAAGUCUAGGCAGAUGGCAAUUGAGAUCAGUCGCAAUACUUAUGCAGAGGUGUAUCGACAGACUCAUGCAGCAGAGCAGCAGCUCCUGCAGUAUUACCAGCGCAUUGCUAUGCUUGAAGAAGUUGUUGAUGCCCGUGAUAAGGAAAUCGCAAAGCUCAGAGACAAGCUCUAUGGAUUGGAACGGGAAAAGGCAGGUCUCCAAAGGGAAGUAUCUGGCUUGAGCCGCAAUGUCAAAAGCAAGACGAGUGAAUUGAAGGCAAAGGAGCAUGCUCUGGGUGAGAAAGAGGCAGAAUUGGAACGUCAUCGUGUUGUUGCUGCUGCUAAGGCUGCCACUGAGGUCAAGAAACGAACUGUAGAGUAUGAACAGCGCAUCAAAAGUGCUCAGGCACAGUUUAAGCGAGAAACAAAAAACACCCGAGCUGUGUUGAACCGCGUGCGUCGGGUUUUGGAUGAUAGUCACAUUCCCCAAAGUGUGAGCAGUGAGUCACUAUCAUCUCUUGCUUCUGAUGCUGCUGAUUCUCAUGGUUCAGGACAUGUCUUUCGUGCCCCUGGUGUUACAAAUGGAGUACAGGGUGGUCGAGCAGUGGCAAAUAUGCGCCACCGUCGGAGUCUGUCACAGGGAGAUGCUCAAUGGGUCUCACAUGAACCAACAAUGCCUGUCCGUCAAUCAACAGUGCUUCAGCCAAAACUCAAAAAGAAGAAAUCUAGGACCAAGUUGAAUGCAAGGGAUCUGAGCAAAAGUGAACGCUAUCUUCUCAUGCACCAGGAACAGGACAAUAAUGGUGGCAUUGAAACUCAGUUUUACAAGGGAGAUGUGUUACCAACUUGCUCAGGUGGGUCCCAGGUGGUAUUCCAAGAUGUUGAGGUUCUACGGCAGCAAUCUCCAACUGGUGGGAGUGCUCAGUCCCACUCCCCUCGGAAGCGCAGCCACGAGGAGCAGAAUAGGGAUGUGGAGGCCCGCUGCUCUGUUGCUGUUGAGGGACAUAGUGCCCGCACCAAAAUCUCCCGACGUUGAAGAGUUUCAUUUUAUGACUUGGUUUCUGGGCAUUUGAGGGUAUGUCAAGGCACAAAUGUAACAGAAUUGAAGAAAGCACAAAUUUCACAGGGAAGAGUGAGACUAACAUCUUGCAGUUUCUCCAAAGAUGCUCCAAAAUAUCUUAUCAGUAUCAGCACAAAUUUUAAACGGGUUAUCCUUGCAUUUCAUGCACAAACUCAAGUUGCACAAGAAUUCUGCAAUUAUACAAGAGGCAUUUUUCACAAUCAGAUGUGCAUGUUAAAAUAAGCCCAAGUUUCCCUGCCCUCGUGCCAGUGACCAAUAUUAUGUGGCUUGGUUUUUUCUUGUCUUUAUAGUUAUAGCUUCCAUUUCAUCUGUGGUUUGGUGUGAGUUUUUGUAUGGACAAAAUUUUUUAUUGGGUGCAAGUGAUUCCAUUAUGCCUGUAUCAUUAUCCAAACAUUCAUCCAUGCUCAGACUCUGAUAAGUCUGAUUGAUGGCAAUUCAUCCUCUAUGUGAGUUGAUCUGCAUGUGUAUGUACAUGUAAAUGAUUGUGACUCUUACUUGUGCGAGGAAAUGAAUGUCAUGGAUUUCAAUUUUUUCCCUAACUGACAAAAUACUCAGCAAACACUGUAUGCUGGAUUUUUAUAGUGCCUGUGAAAAAAUGUGCCACUUGUAUACUUCUUAUAGAGGAAC